AUGAACAACCCGGAAGGCAACAAAGGAGAAGCUGGGAGAGCAGACAGUCAAGAUCAGCGUUUGCUGGCCGUGAAGCAAUCUACGGCGGUGAAGCUGUGUCUGCUCGUUCGGCGCCCGACGUUAACUGCACUUUUCCGGUGCCUCCAUAGAUUCUUCAACCUCUCCACCUCUUGCAUCUUCUUCAAUCCCGGCAUGGCAGGGGAGAUGCGCGGCGCCGAGAAUCCUCCGAUGGGUCUUCGAGCCUCGUCGACAUAG